AUGGCGUCCCGCACCCUUAUCCAAGGGCACGGCUUUAGAGUCGUUGCUGCCAGUCUCAGAGUCACCCCCCAGACAUCAAUGAGAUGGAGCUCUAGUAGCAGCCCGAUUUCCGCUAUCGCCUACAAAGCACUUCGUCGUCGCCAGGCCCCUCUUCCGACCAACGACACGCCUUCAUCGUGGUCUGCGCAAGCAGCUGUCUCCAAUAUCCUCUACGAAACUCCAACUCCGUCUAUGGCACCCCCAAAACGGCAUGUCCUCAACUGCCUAGUCCAAAACGAACCUGGCGUCCUGUCCCGAGUUUCCGGCAUCUUAGCAGCAAGGGGCUUCAAUAUUGAUUCCUUGGUUGUGUGCAGCACAGAGGUUGAGGAUUUGUCCCGCAUGACGAUUGUUCUUACCGGACAGGAUGGCGUGGUAGAGCAAGCACGGCGCCAAUUAGAAGACCUGGUGCCUGUUUGGGCCGUUUUGGACUACACAAAUGCUGCUCUGGUCCAAAGGGAACUGCUUCUUGCUAAGGUCAACAUUCUGGGGCCGGAGUACUUCGAGGAGUUGUUGGCCCACCACCGCGAAAUAACUGCUGAAGCCGCCCUGACGGAAACCGGCGAAAAUGCGCUGAGAGAUACGGCACAGGAUUUCCAUCCGAGCAAGAUAGCGGCUAGCCAAGCUUUGCGUCUGAAGCACGAGCACCUAAAAUCUAUAACUUACUUUACCCAUCAGUUCGGAGGCAAAGUCCUAGAUAUUAGCACGAACAGCUGUAUUGUCGAGGUGUCUGCCAAACCAGUUAGGAUCGACUCGUUCCUGAAACUCAUCGCGCCAUUUGGCAUUUUGGAAUCCUCACGGACGGGUCUCAUGGCCUUACCUCGAUCCCCUCUCUAUGGCCCUGACGAAGAAGGCAUCGUAAAAGAGGCAGAUGACGUUGUAGAUAUUAGCCAGCUGCCGCCUGGUUAA